UCGUGGCAAUAAUUGCAACAGCAGCGCCGGCAACAACAACAUUCACCACGGCUGCCACAAUUGCAACAACGCCCGCCGCGAGCAACUACAGUAAAGUGAGCGACUACCCGUACGCUGAUCUCCACCAGCACCAUCACUUCGCUAGCACAGCGCCCCUGACCAGCGCCGAGAGCUUCAAGCUGCGCUCCGAGGAGCCGGUGCCGGGCUUUAGCUCGGCCUCCCCGUGGCCCACGCUGGAGCUAGGCAUGGAGUGGGGACGCAAGCUCUAUCCGAGUGCGGGCCCCAGAUCCGCGGGCAGCUUGAUGUUCAGCCUGCCACCCACGGCGGCGGACAUGAAUCAGCCGCGAGGACCGAUGACAUCCCUCAAGGAGGAGCCCCUCGGCGGGCGGUGGGCCAUGCAGCCAGUCGUCGAUCAGACCAAUCUUGGCAUUGGCCGCGCCCACUUUGAAAAGCAGCCGCCCAGCAAUUUGCGCAAAUCGAAUUUCUUUCACUUUGUGAUUGCGCUCUACGAUCGCGCCGGGCAGCCCAUCGAGAUCGAGCGCACCGCCUUCAUUGGCUUCAUCGAGAAGGACUCGGAAUCGGAUUCGACAAAGACCAACAACGGCAUCCAGUAUCGCCUGCAGCUGCUCUACGCGAAUGGCGCACGACAGGAGCAGGACAUUUUUGUGAGACUCAUCGAUUCAGUAACCAAAGCGGCCAUCAUCUACGAGGGCCAGGACAAGAAUCCCGAGAUGUGCCGUGUCCUGUUGACGCACGAGGUGAUGUGCAGCCGCUGCUGUGAUAAGAAGAGCUGUGGUAACCGCAACGAGACGCCAUCGGACCCCGUCAUUAUUGAUCGCUUUUUUCUUAAAUUCUUCUUGAAGUGCAAUCAGAAUUGCCUCAAAAAUGCUGGCAAUCCGCGAGACAUGAGAAGAUUUCAGGUCGUCAUCUCCACCCAGGUGGCCGUGGACGGACCACUGCUGGCCAUCUCGGACAACAUGUUCGUGCACAACAAUUCGAAGCACGGACGCCGCGCCAAGCGACUGGACACAACGGAAGGUACAGGCAACACAUCCCUGUCCAUAUCCGGUCACCCCCUAGCGCCCGACAGUACCUACGAUGGCCUCUACCCGCCGCUGCCCGUGGCCACGCCCUGCAUCAAGGCGAUAUCGCCCAGCGAGGGCUGGACCACAGGCGGCGCCACAGUCAUCAUUGUUGGCGACAAUUUCUUUGACGGAUUGCAGGUGGUCUUUGGCACAAUGCUGGUGUGGAGCGAGCUGAUCACAUCGCACGCGAUACGGGUCCAGACCCCGCCGCGACACAUACCCGGCGUUGUCGAGGUGACGCUCUCCUACAAGAGCAAGCAGUUCUGCAAGGGCUCGCCCGGACGCUUUGUCUAUGUCUCAGCACUCAACGAACCUACAAUCGACUAUGGCUUCCAGCGGCUGCAGAAACUCAUACCCAGGCAUCCUGGCGAUCCGGAGAAGCUACAAAAGGAAAUCAUUCUCAAACGCGCAGCAGAUCUUGUCGAGGCGCUCUACUCCAUGCCCAGCAGAUCGCCCGGCGGUUCCACGAGCUUCAACUCGUACGCAGGUCAGCUGGCGGUCAGCGUCCAGGAUGGCACCGGCCAGUGGACCGAGGACGACUACCAACGCGCCCAGUCGAGCAGCGUCAGUCCCCGCGGCGGCUACUGCAGCAGCGCCUCCACGCCCCACAGCUCGGGUGGCUCCUAUGGCGCCACGGCAGCCACCGCCGCCGUCGCAGCGACUGCGAAUGGAUAUGCGCCCGCACCGAAUAUGGGUACGCUGUCAUCGUCGCCAGGCAGCGUAUUCAACUCCACGUCAAUGUCCGUGUCGACGCCUUGGCAUUCGGCCCUCGUGCAGCAUCACCAUGUCGCCGCCGCCCACCCGCAUCAUUAUCCCCAUCCGCACCAGCCCUGGCACAAUCCCGCCGUCUCAGCAGCGACCGCGGCGGCCGUUUAAGCAACGCAGACAACGAGGACGAAGCAGAGCAACGGCAACGGCAACGGCAACAACAGCACGGAGCUUGGAGCAGCUAACAGGCCCUCACACACGCACACACACACACACACACACUCGCGCGCACACUUACAUUCAAAGCACAACCUUAUCGGCAGCCAAGCAGAGACGCCCCCAAAAACAAUCAUUGAUUGGCGCCUCGCGUUGACAAUGGGCAGCUCCGCUGAUAACACUGCAUCCAACUCCAGCGACGGCGACGGCGACGGCGACGACUCUGAUGAGUGGGUGUAGCUGGUGAUUGGGAUUCCGCCGUUGUGUCUCUCAUAAAACACAUCCACCACAACAACAAUAACUGCCACAACAGCAACAACAUCAACACACAACCAACACUUGUUUAACGGAGUCAGCAGCUUGAGUUUCAACCCAUUCGCCCUGCCCACCUGCAACACACAGGGCUAUAGCACCAGUCAGCUGGUGACAUCAA